AUGGUAAUCCAAAAGAUUACAGAACUGAAGGAGAGCAACAUGGACAGCGUCAACAUGAAAAGGGCCACAGAAACAGUGCCUUGUACUGAGAGUGAGGACCAAUAUAUCACUGAAAGUAAAUUGCGAGAUAUUGUCAAGCAGGAGUUCAGCAUUUGCUUGAGAUCAGUGACUAAUGAAUUACAUAAUAUUAAUAACCAAAUAGUCAUGUUUCAAGAGUCAGUAGCUUUUUAUAACAACUGCUAUGAGGACAUGAAGAAAAAUCUUGAGGCUAAGGAUGCCAUAAUAGAUCAACUACAAGCGGAUAAUAAGCGCCUCCUCACUGAUGUCGUCGAUCUCACCUCCCGACUGACUAUCGUGGAACAGCAUAUGCGCGACAGUAACUUGGAAAUAAAUGGUAUACCGGAGCAUCACAAUGAAAACCUGGCGUCAGCCGGUAGCGAGUUGGCAUUCGCACAGAAGCCUCAGCAGGCAGCACGCGACAUCCUUGAGGCGACGGACGACGCGUGCGCAUACAACACGCGGCCCAUGCGCAUCCUCCCGCUCAGUGUCGGACGUAGGGUGAUGAUGAUACGUUAG